UGAUCUCAAGAAACAUUCCAAAAGGAUUCUUAAGAUUCACUUCAAUCCUCCCAGUCAGUCUCAUCAAUCCAUCUCCUUGGUAUCAUUGGUUUCUUUAUAGCUUGGCUUGCUAAUUUCAAACUUCUUCUUUUCUCAUUCAAUCAAGGCCCUUUAUCAUCACCAUAUAUUUCAUUCCAAUCUUUCAUUUUUAUUGCUUGUUUUCCCAUUAAUUUCAAACAAAACCCAUCUCCCAAAGAUCCUCAACUCAACAAAUCCCUCUCUCAGAACCUUCUAAUCUACUCCCUAAAGGGUUUAAUUGUGGUCUUACUGGUGUUUAUAAUUAUAAACAAUAUUUAAAUCCAAAGUUCAUCUUUUUCUAUAUUGUGUCCACAUUUGGUUCCUCCUAGAACUCAUUCUAAUCAUAGGUGCAGAGUUGUUGAUCACUUAUUCACUCACCUCCAUAAAAUCCCUCUUGCAUGCUGCUGCUUCUGGUUGAGCAAUGUCACUUGAGAGCCUUACAGUAGGAGAUGACGUGGUGGUGGUGGUGGCGGCUACAGAUUUUUUCUUUUUCUUUUUUUUGGUCUACGGCGACGUGUUAUAGACCCUACUACUGCAUUUUUAGCGAUAACCCUUAUCCAUGUGUAUGGGGUACAUGAAUAUGAUUUAUGAGGCCACGAUAUGUGGUUACUAUCGUUUUGCUCAAGAGUCAAUAUGAAUUGGUACUCUCACUAUGCGCCACCAUUUAUUUUUCUUCUACGUAUAUGAAUUCCCAGGGGCCAGUGCUCUCAUGUUGUGUUUCUCACUCACUGUUAUCAGAAUUUUAAGUUUGAGAGAGAGAAAAGAGAUGGAUUACCUGAAUUAUUUUCUGUGGAUUUUGGUUUCAUGUGCAUUUUUUAAAAUGUGUUCAUGGAUUACUAUAUCUUCGCAUGCAAAUCUUCCACCUGGUCCGGUUUCUUUACCAAUCAUUGGAAACCUUUUCCAGCUCGGAAAAAAGCCUCACAAAUCACUGACUCGGCUUGCUGAAAUUUACGGACCCUUAAUGUCCUUAAAACUCGGUUCUAUAACCGCAGUUGUCAUUUCUUCUUCAACAAUAGCCAAAGAAAUUUUUCAAAAGCAUGAUCAAUCUAUUUCAAGUAGAAUCGUCUUAGAUGCAGUUAAGGUAUGUGAUCAUCAUAACACUUCAAUGAUAUGGUUACCUGUUUCUCCUCAAUGGAAAAAUCUUAGAAAAUUAGCAAAUUCACUCAUUUUCGCACCACAAAAGCUUGAUUCAGAUCAACACUUAAGGCAGCAAAAGUUAAAUGACCUUAUUUGUCACGUUCGCCGAAGCGCAAGCUCUGGCUCUGUGGUUGACAUUGGUCAAGUUGCUUAUACUACUGCUCUAAAUUUGCUAUCAAAUACUUUCUUUUCAGUUGAUUUAGCUGGUUUCAGUUCAGAUUUUGAUUCCACUUUUGAAGCUGCUAUUAGAGGAGUAAUGACGGAAGUAAGCAAGCCAAAUUUUUCUGAUUAUUUUCCGAUUCUUAAAUUUUUGGAUCUUCAAGGCUAUAGACGUCGUAUGAAGAAUCAUUUUGUAAUACUGCAUGGGAUAUUUGAUAAGAUAAUAGACCAGAAGUUGUUGUUAUCACAGUCUGCGGAGACAGAGAGUAGUACUUCAAGAGAUGUGCUUGACAUGAUUCUCGACCCAUGCACUGAUGGGAUUAAACUUCAACGGCGUGAAAUUAGAGCUAUACUUAUGGACUUCUUCUCUGCCGGUAUAGAUACUGCCUCAUCCACGAUAGAAUGGGCAAUGGCUGAACUAAUUCGUAAUCCAUCUAAGAUGCUAAAGGCUCAACAAGAGCUUUCAAACAUCAUUGGCAAAGACCGACCUAUCGAAGAAAAAAAUAUCAUUCGACUUCCUUACUUGCAGGCAAUUGUGAAAGAAACUUUGCGCCUUCAUCCACCAGCUCCAUUAUUAGUUCCUCACAAGGCAGAAAUUGAUUUUAAGUUCCACGAUUUCGUUAUCCCUAAGGGUACCCAAGUACUUGUCAAUUCUUGGGCAAUUAGUCGAGAUCCUAACACAUGGACGGAGCCAACUUCUUUUCAGCCUGAGAGGUUUUUAGCUUCCAAAAUUGAUUACAAAGGCCAAGAUUUUGAGUUCAUUCCAUUUGGAUCUGGACGUCGGAUUUGUCCUGGUUUACCAUUAGCACAUAGGAUGGUACAUUCAAUGUUGGGUUCGCUUCUACAGUCAUUUGACUGGAAAUUGGAAAAUGGGUUGAACCCAAGAGAUUUGGAUAUGGAGGACGAAUUUGGGAUUACAUUAGUGAAGGCUAACAGGCUCCAAGCUAUUCCGGUUAUUAGGUCAUAAAUUAUUCUGCACUUUGGAUAUGUAUCCUGUAAACGGGAGUUCUGGCUUAUUACAUUUCAUGAUUUCCUGUGACAAAGUAAAUUUGAGGCAUUAUCCUAUAAAUUGUAUCGAAUGUACUUCCGAGUGUUAAUGAAAGUUACUGUUUCAUAAA